AUGGGUGGGAGCAAGAAGAGGAAGAGAAAGGAAGAACAACGAGGAAGCAAAGGCACUGCGCAUUCAGAGAACCCACCGGACUUUGCUCUUUUGGCUUCUCUCUACCCUUCUUUCCACCCAUUCGUCCAAUUCUCACCUCCUCACGCGCGCCCCACCAUCGACUGGACCGACUUCAACGCCAUGCGCGAACUCACGCGCGUCUUGCUCCACCACCGCCACUCUCUGACCUGGUGGAUUCCUGAUGGGCACCUCUGCCCCACUGUGCCCAACCGCUGCAAUUACAUUCACUGGCUUCAACGUCUUCUCUCAUCUGACAUCAUUCCACGCAUUAUUUCAAGUGAUGCCAGGGUCAAGGGAUUUGACAUAGGAACUGGAGCUAGUUGCAUUUACCCUCUUCUUGGUGCUUCUCUCCAUGGAUGGAGUUUUGUAGGAUCAGAUGUGACUGAUGUUGCAAUUGAGUGGGCAGAGAGAAAUGUCAAUAGUAAUCCACAUAUUUCUCAGCUGAUUGAAAUCAGAAAGGUUCAAGACAAUGAAAGUGCUCCUUGUGUGGAAAUUGAAGGGUCCAUGAACGGUGACCAGAUAACUUUGAGCAAGAAUACUGAUACGGAGAUAGCUCCUUUGCCUCUUGAUUUGCUUGCUUGCGAGAAUAAGAAUUAUCAUGGACCUCCCAUACUUGUUGGUGUGGUCAGGGACGAUGAGAAGUUUGAUUUCUGCAUGUGCAAUCCUCCAUUUUUUGAAAGCUUGGACGAAGCUGGACUCAAUCCCAGAACUUCUUGUGGUGGGACUUCUCAUGAAAUGGUUUGCCCCGGUGGUGAGAAGGCCUUCAUUACUCGUAUUAUUGAGGAUAGUACACAAUUGAAGCAGCAUUUUCGGUGGUUCACUUCAAUGGUAGGUAAAAAAUCAAAUCUCAAGUACCUUGUAUCAAAACUUUGGGAGGUUGGAGUCUCUGUAGUGAAGACAACUGAAUUUGUCCAAGGUAGGACAUUUCGAUGGGGGAUUGCUUGGUCUUUCUUGCCUCCUGUUCAGAAGUCAUCAAUUUCUUUGGCCAACAAGAAAAACACGUCCUUCACGCUUGAGGUACAGUAG